ACUAACUCUACCUUAAAACUAAUAAUUUAAUUUUUAAUAAGGAUAAAACCCAAACCCCUACGGAAAAAGCCCACACCGUGUAUUUCUCUCUAUCUAUCUCUUCAUCGGCGAAAAUGGCGUCGGUGGCAUCAUCGCCGAUUUCAUUCGCCGCCUCUUUCCUCCGAAUCAAAUCAUUCCCUCUCUCUCCUCGCUUCUUACCCAUCCGAACAAUCCGUUGCGCUCUCUCUUCCUCAUCAUCCUCUGAGCCCAUCGAGUUCGACAUCUCCUUCGCUCCUCCUAAACCCACACCUUCCUCCACUCGCGGCGGUGGCGACGGCGGCGUAUUCCAGCAGCUCUUCAUCCCUUGGAUCGUCCGUGGUGAAGACGGCAAGCUCAAAGUCCAGUCUCAGCCUCCCGCCCAGCUAAUCCACGCUCUCGCCCAAGAUGCCACCACUCAGAACCCAAAGAAGAAAGAGAAGCCCAAGAAGAAGAAGCCACAACCCGCCUCCGCCUCCGCCGCUGCAUCCGCCUCCGCCUCUCUGGCUUCACACUCAGAGCCAAAGCUCUCCAAAGCGGCGCGUAGGUAUUACAACGAGAAUUUCAAAGACCCACCUCAGCGUUUGAGCAAGGUUCUCGCUGCCGCUGGAGUGGCAUCGAGAAGAACCUCUGAAGAGCUUAUUUUUGAUGGAAAAGUUACUGUCAAUGGUUCUCUCUGUACCACUCCACAGACUCGAGUCGAUCCAUCGAGAGACAUUAUCUAUGUUAAUGGGAAUCGUAUCCCCAAGAAACUUCCUCCAAAGGUUUAUCUUGCUCUGAACAAGCCAAAAGGAUACAUAUGUUCUUCCGGAGAGAAAGAGAUCAAAUCUGUUAUUAGCUUGUUUGACGAUUUCUUGGCCAGUUGGGACAAAAGGAAUCCAGGGACUCCCAAACCUCGGCUUUUCACUGUUGGUCGUCUUGAUGUUGCCACAACAGGGUUAAUAAUAGUUACAAAUGAUGGAGAUUUUGCACAGAAGCUUUCACAUCCUUCAUCUAGUUUACCAAAAGAGUAUAUUACUACGGUUGUCGGUGAAGUCCACAAACGGCACUUGAUGGCCAUCAGCGAAGGAACAGUUGUGGAAGGAGUCCACUGUGUCCCAGAUUCAGUUUACUCAUUGAAGCGUGUCCGUAUAGGUGGAUUCAGGCUUCCUUCGGAUCUUGGGCUAGGGAAGCAUGUGGAUUUGAAGCAGAGCGAGCUAAAGGCAAUGGGCUGGAAGAAUUGAAUAUGUACAUUUAUUUCUGCGUGCCUUUGGAUUUUACUCUUCUAUUUUAUGUUCUUCAAUAAGAACUUAGUCGUAGUAGGGAGAAUUCUUCUUCUUUGUUUUCUAAUAUGAUUAGGAGAAUUUUUACGGCUCAUAGUUUAAUUUAUGGAUUCUAAUUGUUAGUUUUCAGAUUGAGAAGAGACAUUAGAGAUUGUUGAUGUUCUUAUAGGUGUGAAAUAAGAAACUUUAUCUUAAACUAUAUAUUUUUUUUUCCCUAAGAAGAUGAUGC